GUAGCCCCGAACCCGAGCCAUGUGGGAACCUCGCGGAGCUGAGGCGUGCGCAGCGGCGCUCGGGGGCGCGCUUUUCCUGCUGCUCUUCGCGCUGGGGGUCCGCCAACUGCUGAAGCAGAGGCGGCCGUCGGGCUUCCCCCCGGGGCCGUCGGGGCUGCCGUUUGUCGGCAACAUCUACCCACUGGCCGCCUCAGCAGAGCUCCCCCACGUCUAUAUGAGAAAGCAGAGCCAGGGGUAUGGCGAGAUCUUCAGUUUAGAUCUUGGAGGUAUAUCAACUGUUGUUUUAAAUGGCUAUGAUGUGGUAAAGGAAUGCCUUAUUCAUCAAAGUGAAAUUUUUGCAGACAGACCGUGCCUUCCUUUAUUCAUGAAGAUGACAAAAAUGGGAGGCUUACUCAAUUCCAGAUAUGGCCGAGGAUGGGUUGAUCACAGAAGAUUAGCUGUAAACAGCUUUCGCUAUUUUGGAUAUGGCCAGAAGUCUUUUGAAUCCAAAAUCUUAGAAGAAACCAAAUUUUUCAUUGAUGCUAUUGAAACCUACAAAGGUAGACCUUUUGACUUGAAACAAUUAAUAACAAAUGCUGUUUCAAACAUUACCAAUCUGAUCAUUUUUGGAGAACGAUUCACUUAUGAAGACACUGACUUUCAGCAUAUGAUUGAGUUAUUCAGUGACAAUGUGGAACUGGCUGCCAGCGCCUCGGUCUUCCUGUAUAAUGCCUUUCCGUGGAUUGGUGUCCUCCCUUUUGGAAAACAUCAACAGCUGUUCAGAAAUGCAGUUGUGGUCUAUGAUUUUCUCUCCAGGCUUAUUGAAAAAGCUUCCAUCAACAGAAAGCCUCAGUUACCUCAGCAUUUUGUUGAUGCUUAUUUAGAUGAGAUGGAUCGAGGUAAAAAUGACCCGUCAUCUACUUUUUCCAAAGAAAACCUGAUUUUCUCCAUGGGUGAACUCAUCAUCGCUGGAACUGAAACUACAACCAAUGUGCUGCGGUGGGCAGUUCUCUUCAUGGCCCUUUAUCCUCACAUUCAAGGACAAGUUCAGAAAGAGAUUGAUUUAAUUAUAGGACCCAGUGGGAAGCCUUCUUGGGAUGACAAAUGCAAAAUGCCUUAUACUGAGGCAGUUUUGCAUGAAGUUUUAAGAUUCUGUAAUAUAGUGCCAUUAGGGAUUUUCCAUGCAACCUCUGAAGAUGCAGUUGUGCGUGGUUAUUCCAUUCCUAAAGGCACAACAAUAAUUACAAAUCUUUAUUCUGUACACUUUGAUGAAAAGUACUGGAGAGACCCAGAGAUAUUCUACCCUGAGCGAUUUCUGGACAGCAGUGGAUAUUUUGCCAAGAAGGAAGCUUUCAUUCCUUUUUCCCUAGGGAGAAGACAUUGUCUUGGAGAACAGCUGGCUCGGAUGGAAAUGUUCCUGUUUUUCACAGCAUUGCUUCAGCGGUUUCACUUGCAUUUCCCACAUGAACUGGUUCCAAAUCUGAAGCCCAGGUUAGGCAUGACUUUGCAACCCCAACCCUACCUCAUCUGUGCAGAAAGACGCUGAAACUGCAUGAGUAUUUUUUGGAACAAGACUGUUUGCCUCACCCCUGAACUUUGCUUAACCUAAUCAGUGUGUAUGUUUGGACCAAAGCCACAGCAUCAGAAAGGCAAAUGAACACAGAUGUGUCUUUAAAACAGUACUAAAGCAUAAGCAUUAGCUAAGACUUUUUUCAAGCUUUUAUGAUUUCUACAGUAGAAUUAUCUGUUGAGAAAAACAAAGAUACAAAUAACAGGUCUUGCUUAAGAUACUAAAAAGGACCAUGGUUACCCUGAGAAGAGCCUGAUUUUUCAGUCUCUUUUGAGCACCAGAAGAUACUCCUUAUCCCGUUUUGACCCCUUCUUGCUCCUGUUCUGAGAGCUUUGUUUCUAAAUGCCAGUGCCAGCUCCCUUCUGAUCAGGUAUUGUCAUUAAUAGAUUGUGUGGUAUUAGUCCAGUUUAACAGAGAACUAAACAAGAAAUUAGAACCCAAAUAAAUGAGUUUGGAGUACAGAUGUAUUUUAGACAUGGUAGCAGAUGACAGAAGAAAUACCUAUAUAUUUAAUGUAGAACCUGCUAAUGCUUUCAAAUCUUUCCCUACUAUAUCUUCAUUAGAAUUGCAUCAUUCUUCCUACAAAUGAGGGUAUCUGUGACCUCUGAAUAUUUAUCCCCAUAGCAGCAUUUCAGUAGCUAGGCAAUUACAAUAAUGUAUUUUAAAAUGACAUGUAACUAUUAGGUUUUUGUAGGCACAUUAUCCCUAGUACCACUGUUUUCCAAAACUAGUCACAAUGCUUUAAGAUUGAAUCCUUUUAUCUUUUAAUGGUCUCUAGGCAUUCCCUUGGAUUACAUUUAUUUUUCUAAAGAUAAUACUACAAAAAAUGUGCUUUAGACCCAGGGCAACUGUAUACAUACAUUUGGACACAUGACAGUGAUGGCUUCUAUUAAUAAUUAUGCUGGUAAAACAAAGGUAAACUGCAACUGUCCUAAUCAAACUGGUAUGUAUAUUCACUCAUUUAUGGGUUUUUUUUUUACAUUAUUUCUUCUAAAGUUGUACAUUAGGGUUCUGUCUCUUAUAACUUGGCUCAUGAAUAUCUGAAGCCUUAGAGUAAAUGCAGAUAAUGACUUCCAUUAAAAAUAUGAAUUUAGCCUUAUUCGACUUCAUCUGUUGAAUAUUUUCAAGUUUCUGUGUAGUAAGUCGAAUCUUUGCAGUUUCUUUUGUUGCAUGGGGGAAAAAAUCUUGUGUAAAUUUACUUAAUAAAGGACAAAUUUGGAGGUAGUGUGGCAAUUUUAGGGUAAGUAUAACCCAGAUACUCCAUGAUGUAAUAAGAGAUCCUGUUUCUUUGCAUCCCUCAAUUUUUCCUUUUAUGUGGUAUCAGCUUUAUCUUAAGGAUGUACAUAUGCUUUGCCCACCUCCUUGUAAUGAGCUUUUGAUUAUUUUGGGAGAUCAGAGGAGCUUUUCAGAUGUUUAUCAAAAAUUGUUCUUAGUGUCCCAUAGGUCCUAACCAAGAUCUAUGCCCCAUCCAGUAAAACCACGUUUCGCGAGUGGGAUUAUGGUUCACUUAGGCCUGAUGACUAGAGCUCAUGGAGUCGGCUUCCCCCAAAGUACAUGUGCUGCAGUAAGAACACAAAUAUAGUUAGUAGUUAACUAAACAAAAAUAUCAUUUGGUAUAGUUACCUAAAUAAAAAUAAGGGGAGUUAUGAAGAGAAGAGGAACUCCUGACUAGGAGGCUAAUUACAGUAUCUACUUCACUGCCCUCUGACCACCUGCUAAGCCAAGCAGCUUUCCAGCCCACCUCCCUGAAUACUGACAAGCACGUUCAUUCAGGUUGCUUCCUGAUCUUUGCUCUUCCUUUGACACAGCAAAUCCCUCAUCACUAGGCCUCCUACUUAUUGUCACAUCUCCUGUAAAUGCCUAAGUUGAACUCUACAGAAUGGGGACCUGGAGGCCUUGUAUUCAUACUGAGCAAAGAAAUGUAGUGAACUGGAGUAGGUUGUAAUCAAAAUUGAGAAAGCCUUAUUUUGCUUUUGAAUACCACCAUUAUUUCGUAAGAACUCUGAUGAACCUGCACAGAAUGGAGAAUAUGCUGUUUAUUUUCUUUAUCUUAUAUUUGAGGAAGUGUUAUAUUUUCCCCAAAUCAAGUUAAUGCUAAUUGACAAAAAUCACAAAAAAUGUAUAUUUAUAACUUUAAACACUGUAGAGUUUUAAUCUUAAUGUGCUUAUUUAAUAGCCAAGGAAAUGGGUUCAGACAGGGAAGUGGUUCCUCUAGUUCAUAGCAAAGGCAU